AUGCCUCCGAAACGAAAAGCGUCAGCUAUGGCUGAACCUGCCACGCGAUCCAGCAAGAUUGUGCGCAAUACACAAGACCUAGUAGCCACUCGACGAUCGACUCGGAAACGCGUCGGUACGUCAUUAGAGUCUGGUUCUGAGUCCGAGCAAGGAGCAGAUACACAAGUGGCGGAGGCUGAGACACAUCCACGAACUCGAAAUACGCGGGUAAGACACAAUGCACCAGAAACGCCGCGUCCGGGGGAGCCGAGUACUUCGCGGAUUCAGCUCCCUAGUCCUAUCACAACUAACCGGAGAGGCAAUCGCGCCCAUUUUGACGAGCCAGAUGAAUUGCUUCUCAAGCCGUCCAAGAAACGAGUUGCUCCGCCUAUCACACCCCCUCGAGGGACUGCAUUGCGAAUAGCCACGCCCCGUACAUUCUUGCAAUGCGUUGAGAUUGUCACUCCUUCAAAGGGUCUCCUCGCCGGGUCUCCUACGCCUCGUCCUGGAAGACAUCGACUCGGGAUACACGAAUUGCUCAAUACGCCCAUUCAGCCACCAAGUCCAUCUCCUAUCAAACGACCAGUAUCGCCUGUAAAACGCCGGCUUGCUCAAACCGCGCCUGCCUCCCCAAGUCCGAGUAAAAUUCCUGUAUCCAUCCCUCUACCGUUUAUCUCAGAACCUGCGUCUCCUCCGGUCUCGCCCAAGAAAACUGCGCGAUCCGCGACUACCCCGACGCAUUCUCCGUCUAAACGAAGACUUGCUGCCGAUUCACUUGUUUCUCCGAGUCGGCCUAUACGAGAGCUCCCUCCUCAUCUCCAUCCUUCUCUUCGCGCGCAACAAUGCGCUAUUUUAAGGUCGCUUCGUGAUAUCCCUGAUAUCGAGACACCGGUGACCGUAGAUGAAGAUGGUCCUCCAACCAACAACAUUGCCUUGGAGCAAUUGUCCAAUCUCCUCAAUGGUACAGUAGUCCGAGGGGAAGGAAAUAGCUGUCUACUAAUCGGCCCUCGUGGAAGCGGUAAAAGCAGAUUAAUAGAACAAGCUAUAAUUUCUGUUCCCGAGAACCCAAUCGUCAUUCGUUUGUCGGGACAUGCGCAGCAGAACGACCGGCAAGCAAUACGUGAGAUUGCACGGCAGCUCACACAGCAGACCGGUAGCUCGUUCUUACCUGCAGAAGAAGAGGCUGAAGUCCACGGCGCGUUUACGGACCCGGAGAAUCCCUUUCUUGAUUCGCCAGAUGCCACUGCGAAUGCCAUUGCAUUGCCAGCACCUGCGCACUUGCUGGCACUCAUCUCCAUGGUGCCAACUCUGCCGCGUGCGACGAUUGUCGUUAUAGACGCGUUCGACCAAUUCGCUACACAUGCACGCCAGUCGCUCCUAUACUGUCUUCUUGACACCGCGCAAAGCUGUAGAGUGGGAAAGGGGCACAAGGGACUUGCGGUGGUCGGGGUGACGACUCGCGUGGAUACCAUCAAUCUGCUGGAGAAGCGGGUCAAGAGCCGGUUCUCAGGCCGGAUGCUGAGAACAGCUUGUCCGGCACGACUGUCAUAUUGGACAGAACUCGCUCGUGCUAUACUGACUACACCGCUAGAUGUUGACGACGAUGACGAAUGGGGCCCGCUGUGGGUCUCCGCAGUCGACGACUUUCUGAGGCAAAAUGCAGUUGUUGAAGUUCUGCAAGAGACAUUCGCUUUAACGCGAGACGUUCAGACGCUCCGCCGAAUUUUGACACCCAUGGUGUUGGAAUUGUCCCCGACGUCCCCUUUUCUCUCUGCAACCAAAUUCGCGGAGUCUGUGCCUACACAGCGGUGUCCAUCCCGAUUUCCCUUUCUUAAUUCCCUGUCUUAUCCCGCGAUAUGCCUGCUCAUUGCUGCCAUGCACGCGCAAAGGUCAGGUCACGAUAGCUUCACGUUUGAAAUGCUCCACGAGGCGUUUCGUGAUCAAGUGCGCACGUCACAGUCAGCGCCCGUCCAGGUUGAAGGAGGCAGCAUCGGUAUGGUCCGUUGCAGCCGAGAGGUUCUCUUCGGCGCUUUCGACCGCUUGGUGGCCAUGCGAGUGCUCUUGACGACCGUCCCGCCGUCGAACAGUAUUGCAAAGGAAUUCGUCAUGUAUCGAUGUGCCAUUGAUAGGGCUGAUGUGAAAAGAGCGGUCGAGGUUAUGGGCCAGACAAGCUUGAAGAAAUGGUUGAAAAAGAUGCAGUAG